GUUCCUUCUUGCUUGAUUGACCAAUCUUACUUUGGUUCUUUUCUUAUCAACCUAGGACUUUACCUUCUUAUCUUUUUUCUCUUUGUCUACUUCUCCAUUCUGUAUGUCAAGCCACACAUCAUUCCUCCAUACGCAUCUUUAGAAGAAAAGCAAGACGCGAUUGCUAGAGCAAAUGAAGCAUUUGUCAACAAUUGGCAUUGUUAUGACGUAGACUACCCUAUUCGAUAUUGUUGUGUUUGCAAACGUUUUAUCCCUCAACGUUGUUUCCAUUGUUCUCAGUGUGGUUAUUGUGUCGAAUUAAAAGACCAUCACUGCGAUUACUUUGGUUUUUGUAUUGGUCGUCACAACUUACUUCUAUUUUACCUCUUCUUUCUUACCCUAAUAGCACUUUGUCUUUACGGCUUUGUGUGCUUCUUCCACCUUUGUUAUGUUGUUGGUUUCGGCACAUUUACUCCUCUCCGUAUUUUCAAACUCAUUGGUAUUCUCCACAUCCUUGCGUGUUUGUCUUUGGGGUUGAUUCUCUCUUUCUACUUUCUCAAUAAUUCUCUCUCCUUAUUAAUCAAUCGCAAAACACAAUUCGAGUUGUUACUUGAACAUCGUAUCUCCCUUAAACUCCAUUCAGUUUGUUUUCUUUCUUAUAACUCUUAUUCUUGA